CUGGAGGAACGGGGUAUUUUUCACUCGGUGAAAUCAUGCAGAGAUUUUUUUUAAUCAUUGCUGUGUGCGUUAUUUGCACCAGUGGUGAUGGAACGAAUGGAAGUGUGAGAGUGGUUAAUAAUGCAUUGCAGUUCAAAGUGCCUAAUGAGGCGAGAAUCGAUGAUACCCAGUGGAUUGUUAUUAAUCGUACGAGUCAGUCGAGAAAUAAAAUUUUCACUAAGAAGGAUGAGUGUUCGAGAUACUGCAUUGAGGGGGAAGUCAACAAUUCACAAGUGCGAAAUCUGCGGAAUAAAAAGAUCAAUUUUAUUUGGCGCAUCAGCCAGGCUGUUCCGGAGUUUAAUAAAGACAGAUUACCAGUGAACGAUCAAGAACCUAAAGUCAAGGAUUCAAAUGGACUCCAAAUAUCGACAGAAAAAUGUGAAAUUCAGUUAUCAAUCGGCUGUAAAAGCCCCACGCUCGGAGUAGAAGAAGAAAACACGAAGGAAUUGGAAAUACUGAGGAAUAGCCACCUCACAGACUUCACAUCCAACAAAUUCACCGUCAAUCCCGACACAGAUCAACUGCAAUUAAGAAUCGUGGGAAACGUCACGUGGAUACUCCUCGAGAUACCCACCGGGAGAAACAGGGCUGAACCCCUUGGGCUGUCACUGGCGAGGGAUGACAGGAAUGGGGUGAAUCUCGUCGCGAACAACCCUCCACCAGGUGGCUGGCUACUGAAGCUCAGAGGGAGGGAAAAUUCAACGUACAGUCUCACUGUUUCACAAGUUCUUCGAGUGGAAAAUCCAGAGCCACUUCCUGCACUUGAGGAGGAUGAUAAUCUCGAUGGAGAUAUAGAGACCGACGGAAUCGUGAUUUUUCUCGACGACCCUGAAACCCCCGAGUCCCGGCAAGCACCAUUGAAAUUUCCGAGAGAAUCUUCCGAUCCCGAGGAGAAUAAAAAUUACCCCAGGACUGUUGUUUUUCGAGAGCCACUCGACGAGUUAUCAAAGUUUCAAAUUGAGGAGAAUGCAGACGCUGAGCUUCGAGACUUGUCACGAGCGAGUGAUUUAAUAACAAGGGGAAAGAAUGUGCCAGUGGAUGUGGCCCCAGAAACGACACUCCUUGUCCGACCGGGAACUUUGCACACUGUUAUUUUUACAGUGACUAAUAAUCAGCCUUUCGUUAUCAUGCACGAGUUCCAGGCUAGGAGCACUCAAUUCCAAAUUAGGGGGAUUGAACCUCGAAUCUGGUGGAUUCAGCCCGGCGAAACAAUUAAAGUAGGCGUACACAUUGAGGUGCCAAGGAUAGAAGAAAGUGUGGUCAAUACUGUAACUCUUCACGUAGACCGAAGCCAAAAUCUGGAAGCUGUUGAAAAAUCCGCCUACACGUAUCUCCAGAGUCCAUUGAACGCGAUAUCGGACAGCGCAAAACCAACAAUUGAUUACGAGUUCAACAAUAAUUGCGCCGGAAGACUGCGCCAAGAGCGAUGCGAAAAUAGCUUUUGGACUGUCGACAUUACCGUGACUGACGAUAAUUCAGGGCUGAAGAGGGUGACAUCGCAACCGAGUGGGGUUCAUCCAAAUCGAGAGUUCAUUGCUGGCACUAGAAACGCAGUGCAUUUCCUCUACACGUCCUCGUGUUGCUAUACAACAGUGGAGGUUACAGCAACAGAUGUUGUGGGCAACAUUCAUUCGCGCACGAUAGACGUCACUGCCUGGGACAACUUGUCGACGGGUGAAAUUGUAGCUAUCGUAAUUGGUAGCUUAUUUCUACUCUUCAUCAUCGUACUUCUCAUUUUGCUAUGUAUCUACUGUGCGCGUAAACGCAAGAGCGCCGACAUUUCUUAUUCCCAAAGAUAUGGAUCGAGAGGGGGGCCCGGUAGUAGAGCGGAAGGGACUAAUUUUUAAAUUAAUCCAGCAUUCAGAUUGACUUUCCUAGCACUAAAAUCGUAAAUUAAUGGAAAUUAAUCAAAUCUAUUUCAAUAAUUCUCUCUAAAAAACAAAUUGUCUAUUUAUAUUAUACAUCUAAGCUUUUUUUUUUAUACACAGCGGAGCAAGACAAAAAAGCAGAAUUUUCUAGAAAUAUGAAGCGAAAAUGUAUUGGAUUCUUCAUUUACAUGAAAUAA